AGGCUGACCCGGAAGCGAAUUCCUUAGCGGCGGGCCGCGUGGAUUCGUUUUCCCGCGGCUUCGAGUGGAUAGUGCCGCGGCCGCUGCCAUGACCAAAAUAAAGGCAGACCCAGACGGACCGGAGGCUCAAGCGGAGGCGUGUGCCGGCGAGCGCACCUACCAUGAGCUGCUGGUCAAUCUGAACCCCAUCGCACAGCCCCUGGCUUCUCGCCGCCUCACGCGGAAGCUCUACAAAUGCAUCAAGAAAGCCGUGAAGCAGAAGCAGAUUCGGCGCGGGGUAAAGGAGGUUCAGAAAUUUAUCAACAAAGGAGAAAAAGGGAUCAUGGUUUUGGCAGGAGACACACUGCCCAUUGAGGUAUACUGCCAUCUCCCAGUUAUGUGUGAGGACCGGGAUUUGCCCUACGUCUAUAUCCCCUCCAAGACGGACCUGGGAGCAGCGGCUGGCUCCAAGCGCCCCACCUGUGUGAUAAUGGUCAAGCCCCACGAGGACUACCAGGAGGGCUACGACGAGUGCCUCCAGGAGGUCCAAGCCCUGCCCCCGCCACUGUGACGGACUCAGGCAGCACUCUGGGCACCUGCUCUGGAAGCCGUGGGACUGGCGGCCAGCCAGCUGGCUGCCCUCCUUGCUGCCCACACGCACAGCAUCUCCGCAGUCCCCUCAGGCAUGUAUUCUUCACAGGCAGCUCCAGCAGCUAAUUCAUGAAGGUAAAAACCAGCUGUCUUCUCCAUCGGUGCUGUUUCCUGUUGAGCUUAAAUGAAGACAGUUCCAAGAAUUUGGUGUGGGGGAAGUAAAUUCUAAGACUAAAAUGUGGUGAGCCUGUGGGUGUUUUUUAAGCAGCAGCUGCUGGUGGGGCCAAAGAGUUGGUGGGCAGGAAAGAGCAGAAGCAGUCUUUCUCUCCGGAAAACCCGAAGGACUUUGAGCGCUCUCAGUGCUCAGGCCCAGCUGUCCAGGCUGGUGCUUGGACUCGAGCUGGAAUGAACUCUUUGGUGCCCACCCCAGAGCUUUCAGCUCCCACUUCCAGAGUAGGUAGGACCUGACAGCUGCAAGAUAAGGCAGCAAAGCCCAGACCACAUUUUACAGAAGCCUGUGGUUCCUAUUUUGGGAAGCACCCCAUUCAGCUUUUCUUCUUCCCCCAGGAGCCGUCUCUGUGAAGCUUACAGAAGCAAUUUGCCUGCCUACACAGUAAAUUUUAUAGAGGAAAGUAAAAUACACAACCCCAGGCCAGCUCUCCUAUUUAGCAUAAUGGCCCCUGUGACCCAGUCCCCUCAAAUAUUUCAGACCUAAGGUUUAAGAUCCCCCUUCUUGCUGUCAAAGGGCCAGUGCAGAACUCUGGACACAUAGCUAUCAAGCUUCAAGCCCCUGGAGUAAACUGGAAAGAGCUUGGCUUGAGGGUCAGAAGUAGUUUAAACUCCAAGCAGCUCUCUCCUUUACAAGCCUUGUGCAAGUCAUUUCAUUUUCCUAAAUCCUCUUAUGCUGAUUAAUAAUAUGGAAGUAAUAAGAUCUGUAUAUAUAUAUAUAUAUAUAUAUAUAUACACACUCAUACACACACAUACAUACACGCACAUAAAGCAUCUGGCCCAGGGUCUGACACCUACCAAGUUUUUCCUAAAAGCCUCAUACUUUGAUCUUGUUUGCGCCCCAUGGAAUAUGUCUCAGGCUGUUUUUCCCCAAGCAGAGGUGCAAGAUGGAUUCCUAGGCACUGGCCAGCCAUGUUUCAAGUGACAGCGGCAGCGGCAGCAGCUAGGACCUGCCUGGUAUCUGUGUGUAUGAGACACAUAGUAACUGUCAAGUGAGGCUUAAAGGCAAGCCAGGAGAGGUUAAGGAGAAGGGCUGUGAAUAUAUUUGCUUAAAGUUAUAAAACAAUGGUA